AUGUCCGAAUCACCAGAACCGCGCCUGGACUCGCCAGCCCUCGACAAGGACGAGAAUGAAGAAGAUGUGACUCUUGACAAGGAGAGAGAUAUUGCCGCAGAUAUUUCGGACGAUGAAUCCGUCCUUUCCGAUGUUGACGAGGAACAGUUCAAGGAGUUUGACCCUGCCGAAAUUCCGCUUGAUGACCGUCCAGCGCUCGCCAUCGAUGAAGAGAACUUGAAGCUAGUGGGUCGCCAUAAACGCCGGAGAACCGAGGAGGAUGGCGACGGUCAGACGAAGAAGAAAAAAAGGGAGGGCCGUAGAGAUAAGAAAAGCCAUAGGAAGAAGCAGGGCAGUGAAGAAUUCAGUGGCGGAGAGGAGAUGGAUGGCAAGCGGAGGAGGAAACGCAGAGAGGGAGGAGGCGAGCGAGCUCCUAGACAGAGCAAAAAGCAAGUUGAAGAGGAGAUUGAUGAGGAGUCCCUAGAUCCUGCUACAAGGCGACGCCGCGCUUUGGACCGGAUGAUGGACGAAGCGCUAAAGAAACCUUCGAAACGGCGUGUCAAGAAGGCGGAUGGGAUUGAUUUGGCGGAUUAUGCCGAUGCAGAGAUUGAAGAAGUACGCAAGCGCAUGACCGACGCAGCUCGUCUAGACAGUAUUGCCCGCAAAGAGAACCGCCCUGCUAUGCACAAGCUUAAGAUGCUUCCAGAGGUUGUUUCUCUGCUCAACCGCAACCAAUAUGUUAACAGUCUUAUCGAUCCGGAAAUAAACCUUCUCGAGGCUGUUAAAUUUUUCCUCGAACCUCUCGAUGAUGGCUCCUUACCAGCCUACAAUAUCCAGCGAGAUCUGAUGGCGGCGUUGCUACGCCUACCCAUCAACAAAGAGACACUCAUCGCGAGCGGUAUUGGCAAGGUUAUUGUGUUUUAUACAAAGAGCAAGCGACCAGAGAUUGGAAUCAAACGUCAGGCUGAACGACUUCUUGCCGAGUGGACCCGUCCGAUUCUCCAGAGAAGCGACGAUUACUCCAAACGAGUCUAUGAGGAGGUUGACUUUGACCCCAGCCGACUCGCUGACCGGACCGUAUCCGCCGAAGCCUCCGCUGCAGAAGCCCGCGCGAGAGAGCUGCUUCCACCUCGUCUUGCCAACCGUGCUCGUGUUGAGAGUAGCCACACCAGCUACACCGUUGUUCCACGGUCUAUGGGUGUGUCUGAGAGCAAGUUUGCUCGUCCUCUAGGCGCUAGCGGAGAAGAUCGAUUCAGACCUAUUAAUCUUUACCGUCUGGAGCUGCGGCAAUUAUACCCACCGGACAAAAGUCUAGCGGCAUUGCUGGAAAUCGCUGCCGACUAG